AGAGCUGCCACAGUUGCAGCUUAGCUUCAGAACCAGAAGCAAGAGAGAGGUGCAGUCAUAAUGUCAUUACAGGGGCAGAGAGAGGGAGAGAGGUGGGCAUGCAGCAGCACUGUUAUCAGAACCAUUAGUUUUAUUCAUGUGCAGAAGAUUCUGCAGACUAAUGGUCCCUGAAAUAAAUAUACCUACUCUAUUCCAAGGGCUCUAGCAAUAAGUAUUAGCCUACACAGAACUCUGAUGCUUCUCAUAUUUCUCCCUGAACCUGUCCUUUCAGAGCCCCUCUGAACUCUGAAUAGGUUCUUGGUUUCAUCUUUCUUUGUUCCCUCUGAAAGUUUAUUUCUUUCUUUCUUCCUUCGAUGCUGAGUGGAAGAAACAGAUUUGCCUUCACUGCAUCUCAGUGGCAAGAGCUUGAACACCAAGCUCUAAUCUUCAAGUACAUGGCUUCAGGCAUUCCUAUCCCACCUGAUCUCCUCUUAACCAUCAAAAGAAGCUGCUUUGACUCUCCUCUCUCUUCGAAGUUGUUCUCGCACCAACCUCAUCAACACAUCGGCUGGAAUUACUUGCAGAUGGGUUUGGGGAGGAAAAUAGACCCAGAGCCAGGCAGGUGCAGAAGAACAGAUGGAAAAAAAUGGAGGUGCUCAAAAGAGGCAUUUCCAGAUUCUAAAUACUGUGAGAGACACAUGCACAGAGGGAAAAACCGUUCAAGAAAGCCUGUGGAAGUUAUGAAAGCAAUUACAUCAACGGCAACAAUCACAAAUCUAUCAUCUCCAACAAUCUCAUCAAAAAACCACUCUGCACUGACCCCAACCGCUCAUGAUUCGCUUUCUUCACUUUCUGCCAUGUCCUCAGAGACCCACCAUCACCUUCACAAUUCUUACUACGAUGCCCACCUUCACCAACCCUUCAUACAUAAUCCAACAUCUUCUUCUAGGCUGAUUGGCUUGUCACCUCCAAAUAACAGCCUGUACGUCAUGGAGCCCGCUUCUUACUCCCAGAUCACCACUACGGAUUACAGAAAUAGGUACAAUAUUAACGGGCUGAAAGAGGAGGUGGAUGAGCAUGCUUUCUUCUCAGAGUCUUCUGGGUCUAUGAGAAGCUUAUCUGGCCCAUCCAUGGAUGAUUCUUGGCAACUCACACCUUUGACCAUGAGCACAUCUUCUAAGCAAAGAAGCAGCUCUGGUUUCAGCGAUUCCGCAAAACGACCCGAGCAAGACCGGCACAGCUUUGUUCUGGACAGUGCUGUAAAAAAAGAUGAGAUGCGGAUGCCUAUCCAAGAAGAGAAAGAACAACCCCAAAAGACCAUUCAUCGCUUCUUCGAUGAGUGGCCGCCUAAAGAGAGAGAUUCAUGGCUCGAUUUGGAUGACAAACCAUUGAAUAGUUCAUCCCCAUCAACAACCAGACUAUCAAUUUCCAUUCCAAAUUCCUUCCAUGACUUUCCCAUCUUCAAUUCCAGAACCCAUAACGGUAACUGAAGAAAACCCAUAACGGUUACUCCUUCCGUUUUAUUUCGCAUGUAGAUGGUUGAGUUUGCAGCACUUUUGUUUCAAAAUCGAAGGCCAGAAAUGUACUGAUUUGGUGGGAGUACUCGCAGAAUUGUGUACGUGAGGUCUAAGAGAACUGAUUAUAUUUUUUUCCUUUUCCUUCUCCUGCAAUUUUUUUUUUAACGUGGUUUGCUACUUGGGACGUUGUUGGUGUGUAUUUCAAUUGAGAGAUCCAAAGUGUGUUUUCCUU